AUGGAUAUAUGCCGCCGCCCGUUUAAGGGUCGUAACGCGACGACUCAAAGAUUACUCCUCGCGAGCGAACACCCCAGCACAGUUGCUUGCAAGAUGUCAUUUGUCUGUAUACCUAUCAUAUGCGGUGUGAAGCAGUGGGAUACCCCAUACGCCAACGACCCCAAGUUAAACGCGAUCUACUGUCCGAACUGUCACAACAGGAGUGUCGGCCCUGUGAAACGGAAAGAGUUCAUCUCAAUCUGGUUCAUCCCACUCUUCCCCAUAUACUGGGGCAAACAGUUACGUUGCCCCAUUUGCAACUGGCGACAGGAUUUCAAAAACAAGGCACAGCUGGAAAAAGUGCUGAGGGAGCAGCAAAAUAUUGCGUAG